UACGAGUGUAAAAAGUCGGUAACGCAUUCAAUUUGAAAAUGGCUUGCAUGAGUUUCUUUAGUCGUGCUGUUCGUUUUCUUUGUUGUGGCUUCGUGCCUUCUACGCAGGAAGAGCUUACGGACCUCAGCUCUGAGCCGGUGCCUGUCAUCGUGACUCGAAGUGAGAUCCAGGAUGAGGAUGAGGAACCCACUCCUUCCCUGGCCGUGGAGUGGAUGAAUGAUGAUGAGCCAGUAGAUGUUGUGUCCUUGGUGCAGCUGGGGCCAAGUUGUGAGGGGAUGGUAUUUUCUUUUUCUAAUCCUAUGGUUGAGACCUCUUCUCCGGUGGCUGUUGAGGUCCAGCCACAGGAUGUUGGUCAGGCUGUGGUGGAGAAGACUUGCCCCGCUUUCCUGUCUGUGAGUGAGCCACAGCCCAUAGAGAAUGUUCUACCUAGAACCACAGACCAGCUCUUGAUGGUGCAAGAGCAGCCAGGUCCCGUGUUUGUUGCGGAGUUGCUCCCAACACUGACCGUUAGUUUCCUUGGCUCAUAUAAGGAACUAGUUGGUGCGGACGAGGAUGGGAACGAGGACCCUGGCAGGUUUGGUGUAGGUGAGACAUUUUCUUCUUCUUAUCCUACGGUUGAGACCUCUUCUCCGGUGGCUGUUGAGGUCAAGUCGCAGGAUGUUGGUCAGGCUGUGGUGGAGGAGAUAUGCCCUGUUUUCCUGUCUGUGAGUGAGCCACAGCCCAUAGAGAACGCUCUACCUAGAACCACAGACCAGCUCUUGAUGGUGCAAGAGCAGCCAGGUCCCGUGUUUGUUGUGGAGUUGCUCCCAACGUUGACUUUCAGCUUCCUUGGCCCAUAUAAGGAGCAAGUUGAUGUUAAGGAGCACGGACACAGGGACUUUGGCAGGUAUACAGGUAAAACUGACUUGGAGCAGGAUGAUGGUAAGAGUUGUGUUGGGUAUGAAGGUACAGCUACAGCAGAGGAUGACCAGGUUGUUUGGGAUCGAACCAGUGUCUCGGAGCUGCUUGAUGUAGGAGACGACGGCAGAUUGGACACUACGUACGUGAUAGAGUCGACGAGCGAGGACUCUGUGGAGGAGAGUCUGAACACCACGUACACGUUAGUGUCGUUGGAGGACAGAUUAGAUAGGACGUUCACUGUUGACACUUUGAACAGAACAUCCAUUAGUGAUGAAUAUACUGUGUAUUUCUCAACAGAUGGUGAUGAACCUCCAGUGUUUCCACCAGUUGUUGAUCAGGUCUCUGAUUUUGAUGAUUUGCUUAAGUGGUAUCUUAGGGAAUGGAACGGUGAUGUGCUCAGAAUGUAUCCGUCAAGAAUAAGACAAAGAAGGGUUAUAUGUUAAGAUAGUGAUUUACUCUUCAAACUUGGUAUGCCAGAUAUGUAUACUCAGAUCAAAGGUGUCAUAACUUUUUAAUUGAUAUUUCAAGGUUAAUUAGGAACUCUAAUAUACAAAUAUGUUCUACGUUCUACUCUUCCUCCACAAACCUAGACAUGACUAUAUCUAGAUGACCAGGGUACAAUCACUAACCUGCUAUAAGCCAACUGGAUGUCUUCCUCAUAUAUCUUUAAAGUUCAUCAUUCAAAUAUCAUUAUUCUUCCAAUCACAUUUAUCCCUUCAUUAUUAAAUUUUUUACUUUUGAAUUGCUAUUACUGUUAGGAAUAAAAAUAAGAAAUUAAUAAGUACAUUAAUUUUGUUUCUAUCAUUAAAUUUUUGAAUUUCCAAUAUUAUUUAAAAUUUUGGGGUUUUUGUUGGGUUGAUUCGAUGCCUUUCCUAUAUUGUUAUUAUCUAUAAAUUGGAUGUAUGCCCCCCACAUGCAUUGUUUAAUAGAUAAUUUCUGACUGUGAGUCACCCAUCAUUAAUCCAUUCUAUUAUUUUUAAACAGCUAGAACAUUAGGACUAAGUUUCAGAAAUUAAUUAAGUACAUUCAUGUUUAUCUUUAAAUUUUUGUUAUGUUUGAAUUAAUGAUUUUUAUGGGCAAGACUCAGAAAUUAAUAAGUACAUUUGUUUCUAUCAUUAAAUUUUUGAAUUUCCAGUAUUUAUUUUUUUUUGGUUUUUGUUGGGUUGAUUCAAUGCUAUUUCCUUUGUUAUUAUCUAUUAAUUGGAUGUAUGCCCCCACAUGCAUUGUUUAAUAGAUAAUUUCUGACUGUGAGUCACCCAUCAUUAAUCCAUUCUUUAUUUUUGAACUGCUAGAGCAUUAGGACUAAGUUUCAUAAAUUAAUUAAGUACAUUCAUGUUUAUCUUUAAAUUUUUGUUAUGUUUGAAUUAAUAUGUUUUAUAGGCAAGACUCAGAAAUUAGUAAGUACAUUUGUUUCUAUCAUUAAAUUUUUGAAUUUCUAGUAUUAUUUAAAAUUUUGGGGGUUUUGUUGGGUUGAUUCGAUGCCUUUUCCUUUGUUAUUAUCUAUUAAUUGGAUGUAUGCCCCCACAUGCAUUGUUUAAUAGGUAAUUUCUGACUGUGAGUCACCCAUCAUUAAUCCAUUCUAUUAUGUUUGAACUGCUAGAGCAUUAGGACUAAGUUUCAGAAAUUAAUUAAGUACAUUCAUGUAUAUCUUUAAAUUUUUGUUCUGUUUGAAUUAAUAAUUUUUAUAGGCAAGACUUAAAAAUUAGUAAGUACAUUUGUUUCCAUCAUUAAAUGUUUGAAUUUUCAGUAUUAUUUAAAAUUUUGGGGGUUUUGUUGGGUUGAUUCAAUGCCUUUUCCUUUGUUAUUAUCUAUUAAUUGGAUGUAUGCCCCCACAUGCAUUGUUUAAUAGAUAAUUUCUGACUGUGAGUCACCCAUCAUUAAUCCAUUCUUUAUUUUUGAACUGCUAGAGCAUUAGGACUAAGUUUCAGAAAUUAAUUAUGUUCAUUCAUGUUUAUCUUUAAAUUUUUGUUCUGUUUGAAUUAAUAAUUUUUAUAGGCAAGACUCAGAGAUUAAUAUGCACAUUUGUUUCUAUCAUUAAAUUUUUGAAUUUCCAGUAUUAUUUAAAAUUUAAGGGUUUUUUGUUGAGUUGAUUCAAUGCCUUUUCCUUUGUUAUUAUCUAUUAAUUGGAUGUAUGCCCCCACAUGCAUUGUUUAAUAGGUAAUUUCUGACUGUGAGUCACCCAUCAUUAAUCCAUUCUUUAUUUUUGAACUGCUAGAGCAUUAGGACUAAGUUUCAGAAAUUAAUUAAGUACAUCCAUGUUUAUCUUUAAAUUUUUGUUAUGUUUGAAUUAAUAAUUUUUAUAAGCAAGACUUGCAUAUCUAGCAAUAAGUAAGUAAGAAAACCUGAGUCUACUAGGUAUAUACGUUCUGGACAAAACAACUUGACAGGUCUCCUACAUCACACUGACCUUGGGCUACUAGACUGUAAUUUCCAAACCAAAAAAGAUAACUGCAUGAAUUGUUGUUUAUAAAUAUAUAUGCAUAGGUUUCUUACAUAUGUUUGUUCGAUUUCAGCAACAUUUUUAAUCCCCCGCUACUAAAGGUGAAAGGUUUACCCUCUUACUAUCCAUAACAGUGGCGGGGGAUUAAGCUGUUUUUCAGACUGCCUUGUCCUGUGUAGCCAUGCAGAGAACCUACCAUGUGCUGGGAUCAAAUAUGUGACCAUAGCCAGGCAGAAAACCUACAGCUUGGGCUGGAAUCAAAUCUACCAUUGGUGCUGGAAUGGAACCUGUGACGCCCACCGGCUUAGCUAAGUAGAUAUAGCGUUGGUCUACGGAUCACGGGGUCAUGAGUUUGAUCCUCGGGCAGGGUGUAUAUGUUCUCCGUGACUAUUUGAAACGACAUUGUGUCUGAAAUCAUAAGUCCCCCACCUCUGAUAAUGCAUGUGGGAAAGUUGGCAGUUAUUUGCGGAGAACAGGUUUGUACUGGUACAGAAUCCAGGAACGUUAAUUGCCCGCCAUUACAUGACUGAAAUACUGUUGAAAAACGGUGUUAAACCCAAAACAAAACAAACAAACAUCAUUAAUCCAUUCUUUAUUUUUGAACUGCUAGAGCAUUUGAUUUAGGACUAAGUUUCAGAAAUUAAUUAAGUACAUUCAUGUUUAUCUUUAAAUUUUUGUUAUGUUUGAAUUAAUAAGUUUUAAAGGCAAGACUCAGAAAUUAAUAAGUACAUUUGUUUCUAUCAUUAAAUUUUUGAAUUUCCAGUAUUAUUUAAAAUUUUGGGUUUUUUGUUGGGUUGAUUCGAUGCCUUUUCCUUUGUUAUUAUCUAUUUAUUGGAUGUAUGCCCCCACAUGCAUUGUUUAAAAGAUAAUUUCUGACUGUGAGCCACCCAUCAUUAAUUCAUUCUUUACUUUUGAACUGCUAGAGCAUUAGGACUAAGUUUCAGAAAUUAAUUAAGUACAUUCAUGUUUAUCUUUAAAUUUUUGUUAUGUUUGAAUUAAUAAUUUUUAUAGGCAAGACUCAGAAAUUAAUAUGCACAUUUGUUUCUAUCAUUAAAUUUUUGAAUUUCCAGUAUUAUUUAAAAUUUUAGGGUUUUUUGUUGAGUUGAUUCAAUGCCAUUUCCUUUGUUAUUAUCUAUUAAUUAGAUGUUUGCCCCCACAUGCAUUGUUUAAUAGAUAAUUUCUGACUGUGAGUCACCCAUCAUUAAUCCAUUCUAUCAUGUUUGAACUGCUAGAGCAUUAGGACUAAGUUUUAGAAAUUAAUUACGUACAUUCAUGUUUAUCUUUAAAUUUUUGUUCUGUUUGAAUUAAUAAUUUUUAUAGGCAAGACUCAGAAAUUAAUAUGCACAUUUGUUUCUAUCAUUAAAUUUUUGAAUUUCCAGUAUUAUUUAAAAUUUUAGGGUGUUUUGUUGAGUUGAUUCAAUGCCAUUUCCUUUGUUAUUAUCUAUUAAUUGGAUGUUUGCCCCCACAUGCAUUGUUUAAUAGAUAAUUUCUGACUGUGAGUCACCCAUCAUUAAUCCAUUCUUUAUUUUUGAACUGCUAGAGCAUUUGAUUUAGGACUAAGUUUCAGAAAUUAAUAAAGUACAUUCAUGUUUAUCUUUAAAUUUUUGUUAUGUUUGAAUUAAUAAGUUUUAAAGGCAAGACUCAGAAAUUAAUAAGUACAUUUGUUUCUAUCAUUAAAUUUUUGAAUUUCCAGUAUUAUUUAAAAUUUUGGAUUUUUUGUUGGGUUGAUUCGAUGCCUUUUCCUUUGUUACUAUCUAUUAAUUGGAUGUUUGCCCCCACAUGCAUUGUUUAAUAGAUAAUUUCUGACUGUGAGUCACCCAUCAUUAAUCCAUUCUUUAUUUUUGAACUGCUAGAGCAUUUGGACUAAGUUUCAUAAAUUAAUUAAGUACAUUCAUGUUUAUCUUUAAAUUUUUGUUAUGUUUGAAUUAAUAAUUUUUAUAGGCAAGACUUAAAAAUUAGUAAGUACAUUUGUUUCUAUCAUUAAAUUUUUGAAUUUCCAGUAUUAUUUAAAAUUUUGGGGGUUUUGUUGGGUUGAUUCAAUGCCAUUUCCUUUGUUAUUAUCUAUUAAUUGGAUGUUUGCCCCCACAUGCAUUGUUAAAUAGAUAAUUUCUGACUGUGAGCCACCCAUCAUUAAUCCAUUCUUUAUUUUUGAACUGCUAGAGCAUUAGGACUAAGUUUCAGAAAUUAAUUAUGUACAUUCAUGUUUAUCUUUAAAUUUUUGUUCUGUUUGAAUUAAUAAUUUUUAUAGGCAAGACUCAGAAAUUAAUACGCACAUUUGUUUCUAUCAUUAAAUUUUUGAAUUUCCAGUAUUAUUUAAAAUUUUAGGGUUUUUUGUUGAGUUGAUUCAAUGCCAUUUCCUUUGUUAUUAUCUAUUAAUUGGAUGUUUGCCCCCACAUGCAUUGUUUAAUAGAUAAUUUCUGACUGUGAAUCACCCAUCAUUAAUCCAUUCUUUAUUUUUGAACUGCUAGAGCAUUUGAUUUAGGACUAAGUUUCAGAAAUUAAUUAAGUACAUUCAUGUUUAUCUUUAAAUUUUUGUUAUGUUUGAAUUAAUAAGUUUUAAAGGCAAGACUCAGAAAUUAAUAAGUACAUUUGUUUCUAUCAUUAAAUUUUUGAAUUUCCAGUAUUAUUUAAAAUUUUGGGUUUUUUGUUGGGUUGAUUCGAUGCCUUUCCCUUUGUUAUUAUCUGUUUAUUGGAUGUAUGCCCCCACAUGCAUUGUUUAAUAGAUAAUUUCUGACUGUGAGUCACCCAUCAUUAAUCCAUUCUAUUAUGUUUGAACUGCUAGAGCAUUAGGACUAAGUUUUAGAAAUUAAUUACGUACAUUCAUGUUUAUCUUUAAAUUUUUGUUCUGUUUGAAUUAAUAAUUUUUAUAGGCAAGACUCAGAAAUUAAUAUGCACAUUUGUUUCUAUCAUUAAAUUUUUGAAUUUCCAGUAUUAUUUAAAAUUUUGGGUUUUUUGUUGGGUUGAUUCGAUGCCUUUUCCUUUGUUACUAUCUAUUAAUUGGAUGUAUGCCCCCACAUGCAUUGUUUAAAAGAUAAUUUCUGACUGUGAGCCACCCAUCAUUAAUUCAUUCUUUAUUUUUGAACUGCUAGAGCAUUUAGACUAAGUUUCAGAAAUUAAUAAAGUACAUUCAUGUUUAUCUUUAAAUUUUUGUUCUGUUUGAAUUAAUAAUUUUUAUAGGCAAGACUCAGAAAUUAAUAUGCACAUUUGUUUCUAUCAUUAAAUUUUUGAAUUUCCAGUAUUAUUUAAAAUUUUAGGGUUUUUUGUUGAGUUGAUUCAAUGCCAUUUCCUUUGUUAUUAUCUAUUAAUUGGAUGUUUACCCCCACAUGCAUUGUUUAAUAGAUAAUUUCUGACUGUGAGUCACCCAUCAUUAAUCCAUUCUUUAUUUUUGAACUGCUAGAGCAUUUGGACUAAGUUUCAUAAAUUAAUUAAGUACAUUCAUGUUUAUCUUUAAAUUUUUGUUAUGUUUGAAUUAAGAAUUUUUAUAGGCAAGACUUAAGAAUUAGUAAGUACAUUUGUUUCCAUCAUUAAAUUUUUGAAUUUCCAGUAUUAUUUAAAAUUUUGGGGGUUUUGUUGGGUUGAUUCAAUGCCUUUUCCUUUGUUAUUAUCUAUUAAUUGGAUGUAUGCCCCCACAUGCAUUGUUUAAUAGAUAAUUUCUGACUGUGAGCCACCCAUCAUUAAUUCAUUCUUUAUUUUUGAACUGCUAGAGCAUUUGGACUAAGUUUCAGAAAUUAAUUAUGUACAUUCAUGUUUAUCUUUAAAUUUUUGUUCUGUUUGAAUUAAUAAUUUUUAUAGGCAGGACUCAGAAAUUAAUAUGCACAUUUGUUUCUAUCAUUAAAUUUUUGAAUUUCCAGUAUUAAUUAAAAUUUUAGGGUUUUUUGUUGAGUUGAUUCAAUGCCAUUUCCUUUGUUAUUAUCUAUUAAUUGGAUGUUUGCCCCCACAUGCAUUGUUUAAUAGAUAAUUUCUGGCUGUGAGUCACCCAUCAUUAAUCCAUUCUUUAUUUUUGAACUGCUAGAGCAUUUGAUUUAGGACUAAGUUUCAGUAAUUAAUAAAGUACAUUCAUGUUUAUCUUUUAAUUUUUGUUAUGUUUGAAUUAAUAAGUUUUAAAGGUAAGACUCAGAAAUUAAUAAGUACAUUUGUUUCUAUCAUUAAAUUUUUGAAUUUCCAGUAUUAUUUAAAAUUUUGGGUUUUUUGUUGGGUUGAUUCGAUGCCUUUUCCUUUGUUACUAUCUAUUAAUUGGAUGUAUGCCCCCACAUGCAUUGUUUAAAAGAUAAUUUCUGACUGUGAGCCACCCAUCAUUAAUUCAUUCUUGAUUUUUGAACUGCUAGAGCAUUUAGACUAUGUUUCAGAAAUUAAUUAUGUACAUUCAUGUUUAUCUUUAAAUUUUUGUUCUGUUUGAAUUAAUAAUUUUUAUAGGCAGGACUUUGAAAUUAAUAUGCACAUUUGUUUCUAUCAUUAAAUUUUUGAAUUUCCAGUAUUAUUUAAAAUUUUAGGGUUUUUUUUUGAGUUGAUUCAAUGGCAUUUCCUUUGUUAUUAUCUAUUAAUUGGAUGUUUACCCCCACAUGCAUUGUUUAAUAGAUAAUUUCUGACUGUGAGUCACCCAUCAUUAAUCCAUUCUUUAUUUUUGAACUUCUAGAGCAUUUAGACUAAGUUUCAGAAAUUAAUUAAGUACAUUCAUGUUUAUCUUAAAAUUUUUGUUAUGUUUGAAUUAAUAAUUUUUAUAGGCAAGACUCAGAAAAUAAGUAAGUACAUUUGUUUCCAUCAUUAAAUUUUUGAAUUUCCAGUAUUAUUUAAAAUUUUGGGGGUUUUGUUGGGUUGAUUCAAUGCCUUUUCCUUUGUUAUUAUCUAUUAAUUGGAUGUAUGCCCCCACAUGCAUUGUUUAAUAGAUAAUUUCUGACUGUGAGCCACCCAUCGUUAAUCCAUUCUUUAUUUUUGAACUGCUAGAGCAUUUGGACUAAGUUUCAGAAAUUAAUUAUGUACAUUCAUGUUUAUCUUUAAAUUUUUGUUCUGUUUGAAUUAAUAAUUUUUAUAGGCAAGACUCAGAAAUUAAUAUGCACAUUUGUUUCUAUCAUUAAAUUUUUGAAUUUCCAGUAUUAUUUAAAAUUUUAGGGUUUUUUGUUGAGUUGAUUCAAUGCCAUUUCCUUUGUUAUUAUGUAUUAAUUGGAUGUUUGCCCCCACAUGCAUCGUUUAAUAGAUAAUUUCUGACUGUGAGUCACCCAUCAUCAAUCCAUUCUAUUAUGUUUGAACUGCUAGAGCAUUAGGACUACGUUUCAGAAAUUAAUUAUGUACAUUCAUGUUUAUCUUUAAAUUUUUGUUCUGUUUGAAUUAAUAAUUUUUAUAGGCAAGACUCAGAAAAUAAUAUGCACAUUUGUUUCUAUCAUUAAAUUUUUGAAUUUCCAGUAUCAUUUAAAAUGUUAGGGUUUUUUGUUGAGUUGAUUCAAUGCCAUUUCCUUUGUUAUUAUCUAUUAAUUGGAUGUUUGCCCCCACAUGCAUUGUUUAAUAGAUAAUUUCUGACUGUGAGUCACCCAUCAUCAAUCCAUUCUAAUAUGUUUGAACUGCUAGAGCAUUAGGACUAAGUUUCAGAAAUUAAUUAAGUACAUUCAUGUAUAUCUUUAAAUUUUUGUUCUGUUUGAAUUAAUAAUUUUUAUAGGCAAGACUCAGAAAUUAAUAAGUACAUUUGUUUCUAUCAUUAAAUUUUUGAAUUUCCAGUAUUAUUUAAAAUUUUAGGGUGUUUUUUUGAGUUGAUUCAAUGCCAUUUCCUUUGUUAUUAUCUAUUAAUUGGAUGUUUGCCCCCACAUGCAUUGUUUAAUAGAUAAUUUCUGGCUGUGAGUCACCCAUCAUUAAUCCAUUCUUUAUUUUUGAACUGUUAGAGCAUUUGGACUAAGUUUCAGAAAUUAAUUAAGUACAUCCAUGUUUAUCUUUAAAUUAUUGUUAUGUUUGAAUUAAUAAUUUUUAUAAGCAAGACUUGCAUAUCUAGCAAUAAGUAAGUAAGAAAACCUGAGUCUACUAGGUAUAUACGUUCUGGACAAAACAACUUGACAGGUCUCCUACAUCACACUGACCUUGGGCUACUAGACUGUAAUUUCCAAACCAAAAAAGAUAACUGCAUGAAUUGUUGUUUAUAAAUAUAUAUGCAUAGGUUUCUUACAUAUGUUUGUUUGAUUUCAGCAACAUUUUUAAUCCCCCGCUACUAAAGGUGAAAGGUUUACCCUCUUACUAUCCAUAACAGUGGCGGGGGAUUAAGCUGUUUUUCAGACUGCCUUGUCCUGUGUAGCCAUGCAGAGAACCUACCAUGUGCUGGGAUCAAAUAUGUGACCAUAGCCAGGCAGAGAACCUACCGCUUCGGCUGGAAUCAAAUUUACCAUUGGUGCUGGAAUGGAACCUGUGACGCCCACCGGCUUAGCUAAGUAGAUAUAGCGUUGGUCUACGGAUCACGGGGUCAUGAGUUUGAUCCUCGGGCAGGGUGUAUAUGUUCUC